CUGGCGUGCGGCAGCGGCGACUGCGUUUCCCAGAAUGCAGCAGGACGCCUGAGGAUGGCGGACCGUCACCUGGAGGAGUUGGAGAAGGAGGCGGCCUGUGGCCCGCUGCUGCAUCCUGAGGAUGUCAAAAUUCAAAGUCACUACAGUCAUAGCUACAGUGACUCGCUGGCAAGGAAGAGUCACAUUGAUGAUUACAGCACUUGGGACAUCGUCAAAGCCACGCAGUAUGGAAUAUUUGACCGCUGUCGAGAGCUUGUGGAGGCAGGUUAUGACGUACGGCAACCUGAUAAAGAAAAUGUGACGCUUCUUCACUGGGCUGCUAUCAAUAAUAGAAUUGAUCUGAGCAGAUAUUACAUUUCUAAAGGUGCAAUUGUGGAUCAGCUGGGAGGAGACCUGAAUUCUACCCCUCUCCACUGGGCAACAAGGCAGGGCCAUUUGUCCAUGGUUGUGCAUCUAAUGAAAUAUGGAGCGGAACCCUCACUGAUUGAUGGCGAAGGUUGUAGCUGUAUCCACCUGGCUGCUCAGUUUGGCCAUACAUCCAUUGUUGCCUACCUGAUCGCAAAAGGGCAGGAUGUCGACAUGAUGGACCAGAAUGGGAUGACACCGUUGAUGUGGGCUGCUUAUAGAACACACAGCGUGGACCCGACAAGGCUGCUGCUCACGUUUAAUGUAUCGGUGAAUCUUGGUGACAAGUACCAUAAGAACACAGCAUUACACUGGGCUGUGCUGGCAGGUAACACCACUGUGAUCAGUUUGCUGCUAGAAGCUGGAGCUAAUGUGGACUCACAGAAUAUCAAGGGUGAAAGUCCAUUAGAUCUUGCUAAACAGCGGAAGAAUGUUUGGAUGAUUAGUCAUUUACAAGAAGCCAGGCAGGCAAAGGGCUUUGAUAGCCCUUCAUUCCUAAAGAGGCUGAAAGCAGACAAGGAAUUUCGACAGAAGGUGAUGCUGGGGACUCCGUUUUUAGUGAUUUGGUUGGUGGGAUUCAUAGCUGACCUUGAUAUUGACUCCUGGCUAAUAAAGGGAUUAAUGUACGGUGGAGUCUGGGCACUGGUUCAGUUCCUUUCAAAGUCCUUCUUUGAUCACUCUAUGCACAGUGCACUUCCUCUUGGGAUCUAUUUGGCAACCAAAUUCUGGAUGUAUGCUACUUGGUUCUUCUGGCUAUGGACUGAUCUUCCAGUUCUGUCAGUCCACCUCCCAUUCCUUGUCAACAGUGUAGGGCUCUUCUAUAACUUUGGUAAGUCUUGGAAGUCAGACCCCGGAGUAAUUAAAGCCACUGAAGAGCAGAAGAAAAAGGGCCUGGUGUGUGAGUUUUUGCGUGUUUUGAGGAUCAAUAUGAGAUCUCCAGGCAAAAUUGGCAGAGAAGGCAUUGGUCGUCAAAAUGACUGUAGCAGACAGACGGCAGAGAGAUUCCAGACAAUAGUGGAAUUGGCUGAAUCAGGCCAUCUGGACCUUAGCAUCUUCUGCAGCACUUGUUUGAUCCAGAAACCUGUUCGAUCCAAACACUGCGCCGUGUGUAACAGGUGCAUUGCCAAGUUCGAUCACCACUGCCCUUGGGUUGGUAACUGCGUGGGGGCGGGCAAUCACAGAUAUUUCAUCGGAUACCUCUUCUUCUUACUGGGAAUGAUAAUCUGGAUGAUUUAUGGCUGUUUCUUCUACUGGAGCAUUCACUGUGAAACCAACUACCCAAAGGAAGGACUGUGGACGUACCUAACCGAGAUCGCCAGCUGCUCUCCGUGGGUGUUCUGGAUGUUCCUGAACAGUCUCUUUCACUUCUUGUGGGUGGCCGUGUUACUCAUGUGUCAGAUGUAUCAGAUCGCUUGUCUUGGGAUAACUACAAAUGAAAGGAUGAAUGCAAGACGCUACAAGCACUUUAAGGUUACAACAACCACUAUUGAAAGUCCCUUCAACCAUGGUUGCAUUAGAAAUAUCAUAGACUUCUUUGAAUUUAGAUGUUUUGGUCUCUUUCGCCCUGUAAUAGUGGACUGGACACAUCAGUAUACGAUAGAGUAUGACCAGACAUCAGGCACUGGUUAUCAACUUGUGUAGCAGGAAUGGGAUCAGCACCUGCAGCGAAUCAUCUCCACAAUCAACCCUUCAAACUGGUGCCUGACAAAUCUCCUUCCUAUUUCGUCUCUAAUAUCAGCAAUCCAAAUAACAUUGCUAUGAGGAGCUCCUGUUCCUGUGGUCCCCUUCUGGAUCCUUUGCAAAUGGAAAUUAACAGGGACAGUCUUACUGCCUGUUUCUGCCACCCCUGCCUCUUGCUCUAGCACUCCAUUGUGAUCAAAAUGUGUAAUAAGCUGACGGCAGAAAGGAAAUCUUUAUAUAUACGUGUAUUAAAGAAAAAGACUGCUUUUCGCCAGAAUUGGUUUUUAACAUAAUGUUAUGUUUGUUUCUGAUUUUUGGAGUGGAAGCCACAAUAAGUGCAAACCCUGGAUUAUGGCCCAUUGGCUCAAGAAACAGUUGGCUGUUGACUUGCUUUGCACACCAGGAGUGCGCAGAAGUGCAUCUUGUUCAUUUGUGAGCUUUGGUACUUCAGAUUUCAUAGAGGAAUAUCAAAAUACAAUAUCCACAAUCAUGUGCAAAGGUAAAAUUUAAACCCCUUUGCCCAAGGCAUUGGUUGUUUUAAGAACCUUUUCUUUCCUGUUUUAAAUCAUGGUUUUAAAGAUUUGGUUGAUCUGUUCUGGCAGCUGAGAAUGAUUAGGUGUUAGCAGAAACUUGCAGGCUCUCUCUCUCUCUCCCCAAGUGCUCGCUACUGGGGAAGUCUGCUGGGCAAAAAGCAGUCCUUGGGACAGUAAGGUUCGGAGGUUCCCCCAGCGCUGUAGGCUGUGCUGACAAUUGGGGGAGUCUACUGAGCUAGAGGUGGUCGUAAGUGGUCAGGGGUUUCGGAGAGGAGGGGAUGAGUUUGGGGUGGGCAGUGAGGGGAAGGGAGAACAUGGAGGUUGCCAUCACUCAUUUUUCAUCACCAGCAUCACGUACUCAGCAUAUCAGUCACACAGGUGCAAGACCGCCCACGGGCUUUGCUCUACCAUCCAGUCUGAACAAACACAGGCUGCUGCGUGGCUCACAGUGCGAGAUUUAUUGAGGAGAUGCACCUCAUCCUUUUUUUUUCAUUAUUGUGACCCAGCCUGGAGCACUAUAAUGUUCUCUACAGCCACUUUAGGUUGAGUUAAUGAAUGCUUGCCUACUGCUCCCUGGAAACUUGCAAGUUUACAGACAGUUACGUUUACUGAGGUACCAGGCUCAAAAACCUGUGCAAAAUAAUUUUAUGAUGAGGGGUCUCCACCCAAAAUAAUUUUAACCAACUUCCUUGAGCCAGUGUAAAGAUUAGUUGUAUGUGUACAUAAAUUAUUUAUCAACUAGUUUACCAGUGUGUAUAUUUGUCAGUGUUAGUUUGGAGCUGCAAACUUAAUUUUCAACUUCACCAGAAGAAAAAAAAGUGUAGGAAUGUAGUCCAUUUGCUUCUGGUAGUUCAUCGACCCACUCGAUUCUCUGCAUGACUGAUGCUUUGCAAAAAACUAAUUACAUUUUUUAAAAAAGGGCAGCUCCCUAGACUGUAGGAGUUACAGUAUCACGUCGGCUUACAGUGAAGUGUUCUCAGCUUUCUUCCUCCAGCAGGAAGGUCAGUGAAUCUGUAAAUAGUGAGUGUCCUGUGUUUGCAAAGUGCAAGACUUUUCUGGUCGCUGUUUACUUUGUAGUGGAGACCAUGCAUAGUUUGUGUACAUCACACCAUAAUAUCAAGAAUUGCAGUAUUGUAAUAUUAAUUAACUUGAAUGUCUUAACAGGUUUGGAGGGUUUGGAAAUGCAGUAACCCCUUCUGAAUACAGAUGGUGUGUGCUGUGCUCCAUGGGAUAUGACAUCUCAUUGGCAAGACUCUGAGCUUGCACACACCAUUUCAGUCUUUGCCUGGUAAAUCAUGGAGAACAAAGACCAGGUGAAGAGUAAACAGGGUAAUGGUUACAUCACCAUUUAUUGCCCUUCCUGAAAUGAAUUGAUGUCCUUCUGAGGUUGAACACUGGUAUUUAUCACGACCACUUUCCUUUUGUACUUUGGAAUAACCCGUUACUUCACCACACUUUGAAGUCUGCAAUACCUCUCCCGGCUUUUUCUUUGGUUGUGUGUGUGCGCAAUAGAGUUUCAUAUUCACAAGUAAUUCAGUUUCAUGUUCCACUAAUAAUAGAGGAAGCACUACAUUUCUGCAGAUUGUGAAUACUUUUUUGUUUUUGUAUGACAUUAUUUAUAACUGUGCCAAGUGUUAUUUUGCUACUAUUUGGUCCCUUUCUGUACAAUGUGGAGAACAAAAUAUAGGACUGUAAUAUGCUCAAAUUAAAAAACUGUUCAUACAAA